AUGGACGGAGACUGGGACGAGGUCGCUCGCAUCCCCUUUCCGCCUCCGGGCAUCCACGCUGCGGCGACGCCCGUGUCGACCAUGACCUUUGACACGGCUCAAGAGCUGUUGUGGACCGGGAACGACUAUGGUCGCGUCACGUCGUUCUACCGCAGCGAGCUUCAGCGCUAUACGUCCUUCAAGGCCCAUACCUCAUCCGACGGCCCGGUUAGACAAAUACUCGUGAAUGACAAGGGCGUCGUGGUACUAGGAUCUCGAGAUAUCCACAUGGCUUCGCGGAAAGGCCCUCCGAUAUGGCAUAUAAGACACGAUGAUAUGAAAGACUUACGAUGCAUGAGUUUUACGUCCAAAGGGACGUCUGAAAUUCUGGUUGCCGGGUUCCAGGACACCAUGUUUGUGAUCGACCUCGCUAAGGGAGAGGUGGUCAAGCAGGUUCCGACUACGUACUCAUAUAAGGUUAUGAAGAAAAGCAGAUACAUCUGCGCCGCCACAGAGACAGGCACAGUCAACCUGAUCGACGCGGCCAACUUCUCCGUCGUUAAGAGCUGGAACGCCCACUCCGCCUUGAUCAGCGAUAUGGAUGCUCAGCAUGACUUCAUCGUCACUUGCGGUUACUCACUACGGCAGGGACGAGAUUACAUGCUUGACCCGUUCUUGAAUGUGUUUGAUAUCAAGAAAAUGUCGUCCAUGUCCCCGAUUCCGUUUCCUGCUGGGGCUGCCUUUGUCAGAAUGCACCCAAGAAUGUCGACGACUAGUAUUGUCAUGUCCACGAGUGGACAGAUGCACGUUGUUGACCUGAUGAAUCCGAACACUAGCAAUGUGCGGCAAACCAACACGAUGAACUACCUGACCAUGUUCGAAAUCGCACCAUCUGGCGAAGCCGUGGCUCUGGUAGAUGCGGAUCACAAUAUACACAUAUGGGGUUCUCCUUCGAAACUCCGCUUCGUCGAUUUCGCGUCUCAGACCGAAUUCGCAACUCCGGAAGAGCCUCUACCUACGAUAGAGUGGACUGCCGAUACACCUCUCAACUCUGUUGGCAUGCCGCAUUAUCGGGAGGCGCUGCUCUCCGCCUGGCCAGAUCUUCUUUCUGAUGUUGGGGCUCCUCCGACCAAACUGGAGCCACAGUUUGUUGCGGGCCUCAAACAGUCCGAAUUUGGCCAAUACGGACGGAAUACACGCGGCCUUCGAAGGAAUCAAGUUGAGGAUACUCGGAACUUGGACAGAGGAAACGCUUCGGGAAUUCUUGCGCCAAAGUUCCUCAGCGAGAAAGCAAGAGAGUUUGCCAUGGCUACAGUCGGCAAUGCAAGCGGUGACGAAAAGGUUGACGACGUUGCCCACUCUCUGAUGCAAAUGGAAAUCGAUCCUACUAAACAAGAGUGUCAUCCGAUGUACCGCAAUGUUGAGAUCAAGUACAGCAAGUUUGGUGUUGACGACUUUGACUUUGGUACUCUGGACUCGAGAUCCAUAUCGCAAACUCAUACGCCAACUCUUUACUGCAAGUCAUGA